GGAAUUACAAACAUUUAGCUUAACCGGUUUAUGAUCCAAGUCUUUAGUAAUUUCGGAAUUCUCUACAUCGCCGGCGAUUGAGUCUGCUCGGCUGUUCGAUGUCCUCUCCGUCUGCAGUCGCCGAUCUCUUGGCCGCGCUUGCUUACAGUCUUCAGAACGGAGAUCAAUUAUUCGAAGAAGAAGUGGAAGAGUCUACUUCCUCUAUGGGACUAGCUAUCUCGGAGCUUAACCGAUCUCUGACUCUGGACAUCGGCGGCGAGGAUUCUGGGGUCAGGGUUCUGGACGCAUCCUUAUCUCUAAUGUGCUUCAAGGCACCUCAGGUUUUUGAUUCGGCGAUUGAGUAUAUGGUGCGAACACUUGUUUGUGCCUUAUCAUCUUCAAGCAAUUGUAAGGUACUUAAGUAUCGAAACGAGGAAACAUUACAGUUUGGGAGCUCCAAUUUACCUCAGUGCUCUGAAGAAUUGAUCGAAAUCUCUAAGGAUAUUAUUGAUAAACUGGGGGCAAAUGGAAGAUUGGCUACAUUGUUAUUCCAAGCUGUUGUGAGAUCAGCAGCUUCAACAUGUAAGAUCAACAGCUUCAAUGCUCAUACAAAGCUUAUGGAUGGAAGAAAUAGGGCUGUUUCGAAGCUUCUUGUUUACUUACCGAGAGAAUCAUCUGUAGAGAGCCACGAGAUACCUCUGAGGAUUCUGUUCUGGUAUCAAGAUCCAUUGUCUUUGAAGGAAGAUGUUUCCAGAAUCUUGAAAGAUGUUGUGGAAAGGCCUUUCCUUUCUAUAAAAAAGGAGCUUUUCGAGAGGGCAGAGUGGCGCGAUAUUGUCAUCUGCUUAGCACUAUCUCCUACUAUGUUUAUCAACACUAGAGCCCUCUUACAUAAAUGGCUUUUGCUUACGGGACUUGCUUCUGUUUUUGAAGUACUUGCUGGUUUGGUCUCUGCAAUAAUGGAUACAAUUUCAAAACCAUCGUUGUGGGGUAUACCAAUGGAACUAGCUUCCAGGUUACCAUUUUCUGAUACAUACUUUCCUUCCCAGUGUCAAUUUCUGAGAAUCUUGGCUGGUCCUCUCAGUUUCAAGUCCCUCCUAAUGUUAGCUCAUACUGUCAGUAAAGCAUCUGCUGUCCCUAGGCAACAACAACGGGAUACUAAUUGUAAGCCCACUCCAAUAAAAGUUCAAGCAUUAGAUGACAAAACCGAAUGGGCUUUGGCUAUUAACUUCCCAGAUUGGUUCUAUUUUGCUUCUGCUAUGCUCUUCUCAGAAGGAAAUUCGUUUGAAAAUAUCCAACAUAGAUGCACUUCAAAAGUGGCUGAUUGUAGACAAGCAUGUGAUGUAGAAGAUCUCUCCAUCGCUGCGGCUACAUACAUUGCUUGGAUUCUAAACCCUGGAAGUGGAACCAUUCAAGUAUCAGUAAGUAAGUCUCUCAUUAGAGUCUCAGAGAUAUGUAUCGGCAACAGUUGCGGUUCAGAAGCACAUCGUACUGAGACUAUAACUGGCAAGAGAAAGAAACCAGAUAGGCUCGUUUCUGGCAAAAUAAAGUCUUCUAGUAUUGUGGAAGACAUAUUGAGAGAUUUUGAAAACAAAAUCACCAAUUCAGUUUCUUAUGAAUUGGAUUCUCGGAAAACACAUCCAUCUUUCAGCUGUGGCCUCCAAAACAAUUUUUUAGUAAGAAGAGUCGUGGUUGGCAUACUUUUUGGUUCUCCAUAUUCAGUAACAGAUGAGGAGUAUGAACUGGUACUGCACUAUGCUGCAACUGGGAAAAUUCUUGCCUUUAAGAAAUCAAGGAGUACCGGAUUCAAACAAGGAAAGGGAUUCUCUGGAAUAUCUGCUUUACUGCCGAAUGAAAUCACCAAGGAGGAGGCUAUUGAAGGCACACUUCUUGUUUUCAACUUAACGGACACUUUGGAGAGUAUGUGUGUAUCAAGUUUUGAAGCUGGAGAGGACGCCGAGAAGUUUAUUAACCAUUUUAAGCUAAGAUCCAGCAAAUACUUGGUCAAAUGUAUAGAUCGCCUGAUACAACUUCACUGUACAGAAGAUGGAGAUCCAAUACUAAGUGACAUUAAUAUCAGACUGCUACAAUGGACAAUAAAAGGACUAGAAGAUCCACAUUUCAACAAAGUUCUUGAUAAUAUCGCUGCUAAGUUGGACUGCAAAUUCUCGCCCGUGUAACUGUCACCAUAUAGCUUGACUUGUGUCAUAUUUGGUGGUACACAUAAUUUUUGGGAAAAUGGUGAUCAAAUUUGGACAUUUCAAAGCUCUCAAACGACUGGUAUGAAGAUAUAAAUGAUGUACAGCUCCACAACUGAAAUUAUUUGAUCUGCCUGGACUGGACCAGAGAAUUGUCGAUAAAAAAUAUUAUGGUGAGCCUUGGAAUCACUUGAUGCUUUUGCCAUGCUCUCUUAAUUCCACUUGACAACUACAAAACAAUACGCUGGAUUUCCUGCUGAAACGGGUAAUGUAGGUCCAUGGUCAUGAUAUUCUCUAUGUUCAAAUAGUCAUUUGUUUCUUGGAUCUCUUCGCUAGAUAUGCGCAAAAACACAAUUAGCCAGGUCAUGUGAGUUUCGUCAUCCCAAGCCCCUGAGGCCCUGAGAGUUGCAAAAGGAGUUUGAUCCAGAGAAGUGAGUACAUACAUGUACUUGGGUAUGAUCAUGUUGUUAAAUAUUUUUUAUUGAAUCAGUUGAUUUCAGACCUUGUAUGCUUAAAAUAGUUAUUACAUUGACAUCAGACCAGUUGUAUGGAGUAUGGAAAUGGAAGCCAGCCAGGUUUAGGCUUUCAUAUGGAAAGAGCUAAUUAAAGAUAUUUCUUUUGCAA